AUGAACGGGUCACCAUGCUACCUAGAUGCGGCCAACAUUUGUGUGAAGUGUGAAUCAUGUGUAAUUGGCUUACAUUUAAGGCAUUGUCCCACUGCAUUCUGUGACAUCACAUUAAAUAGGCGCAAAUGUGUUGGUAGCUUUUAUGCUAAAGCAAAUGCUGGAAGUAAUUCCAUAUGUGCAAAUGUCCAUUCUGAUCAAAGCAAAACAAUCCAUUUGGCAACAGUGAAAUAUUUAUUAAAACAAUUGAUUGUUGCAUAA